AUGGCGCAUUCGUGUCCGCACCGCGCCACCGUCGAGUGGGCGCAGUGCAACGGGCAGGCGGCCGACGCGCUGCCGCCGCGCGACGUGCGGCCGUUCCAGGACGUGCACGACGUGUGCGACGUGCUACCGUUCCAGGACGCGCCGCCGCCGCCGGCGGCCGACUGUGCGCUUGACAUACCGGCGGACCUGGAGGAGCACCUGCAGAGCUGCCGCUGCCACUGCGACCACAUGGGCUACGGAAACUAUCAGACGUGGCGGACAGCCUCCCGGUCCGGAUCUCUGCGCAGCAUGAACGGCGGCUCGUACAGGGCGGCCAAGAUUGUCUCCGAGCUGGAGUCGGCCCGGCCGCCGACCGACCGCAGUCCAAAGAGGCCGAUUGCCGGCGCCGACAUGGAGUACCGGCACUGGUGCGUCAUCUGCGUGGUGCUGGUGCUGGCGGCCGUCACCAGCGUGGGCGUGGGCGUGCCGCUGGCGCUGCAGGCGCGCCGCUCGGCCAGUCUCACCGAACGCCUGGAGAUGGUGUCCUCACUGCUGCAGCGGGUGCCCCUCAUUGACGGGCACAACGACUUCCCGUGGAAUCUGAGAAACUUUGUGCACAACGAGGUGGACGCCUUCAACUUCAGCGCCGACUUGCGCAAGGUCGAACCUUGGAACCUGAGUCGCUGGUCGCAUACGGACCUGCCACGUCUCAGGCGGGGUCAGGUCGGCGCCCAGUUCUGGGCAGCGUACGUGCCGUGCGAGAGCCAGUGGCUGGAUGCUGUGCCCAUGAGCCUGGAGCAGAUCGACGUGGUGCGGCGGCUGGUCCACAAGUACCCGCAGUACCUGAGCUUCGCCACCAGCGCGCAAGAAAUAUUGGAUGCACACCGCGCCGGACGAAUAGCAAGUCUACUCGGCGUAGAAGGCGGCCAUUCACUGGGCAACAGCUUGGCGGUGUUGCGCACAUUCUACCGGUCUGGGGUGCGGUAUCUCACCUUGACGCACUCCUGCGAUACGCCGUGGGCUACCUCUGCUUCCGAGAAGUCGUCACCGUCUAAGACCAGUCGGGGCCUUAAUGACUUUGGAAAGGCGGUGGUGCUGGAGAUGAACCGGCUGGGCAUGAUCGUCGACCUGAGCCACACCAGCCUGCGCACCACGCGCGACGCGCUGGUCGUGUCGCGGGCUCCCAUCAUCUUCUCCCACUCGUCGGCCCAGGCGCUCUGCAACACGUCCAGGAACGUGCCCGAUGACGUGCUGAAGCAAGUGGCGUUAAACGGCGGUUUGGUGAUGGUCAAUUUUUACUCCGAGUUCAUCACGUGCAACAGCAGUGCUAAGCUCACUGACGUCAUAGCGCAUCUGAACCACAUCAAGAGGGUGGCCGGCGCUGAUCACGUGGGCCUCGGAGCGGGGUACGACGGUAUAAACUGGACCCCUAGCGGUCUGGAAGAUGUAUCACGAUAUCCGUACCUGUUCGCCGAACUGUUGAAGGAUGAUUCGUGGACCGAGACGGAUUUGAAGAAGCUGGCAGGUCUCAACUUUAUCCGGGUCUUCAAGGAAGUAGAACAGGUGAGCCGCCAGAUGGCACUGGAGGCGGUGCGGCCUCGCCAAGACCGCGUUGACCCACUGAAGCUGAUCUUUACCAGCGCCGCCCGCUGCAGUUACGAGCUGACCGAAGCGCUCAGCAAGCACUCGCAGGGCGACGAGCGGAACCGGUAGGGGCGUGUCACUCUACCCAGCACCACCAGCGACGAAGCGGUGCCGUUAGGGGAGCUCCACCGUGUUCAGCAUCACCAGCGGCACAGCUGGGGGCGGCCGCGCUAGGGUGUUUCACCGUGUCCAGCACCACAAGCGGCGAGCGGCCCGCUAGCGGUGCCACACCGUGUUCAGCAUCACCAGCGGCACCGUUGGGGAGCUCCACCGUGUCCAGCAUCACCAGCGGCAUCGCUAGGGGCACGUAAUUCCCCGGCAUCACCUGCCGCGCCACCGGAAGCUUCCCAGGAGGAACGGACGGGUCCCCCUCAGCAGCAGGUCAAACUGCUGUUACUGCGAGCCAACGGCUGCGAGCAGAGGAGCCCGGAGUGAAGGAAGCCCGCGGAAGGGAAUGUCAGGUCACACGCCUCUGAGCACGUGACGUGACAGACUUGUGAUCACGCACUGGUGUGCAACAAGUCAGCGGCUUGGAGUAGCCAGAUGGGAGGAUCGGCGUGCGGACAUGCAUUGCAUGCCGAGUCAUUCUAGGCCUCAUCCACCAAAGCAAGGCGGAACUAACGUGGUCAGCUAUGGCCAUACCUUACCUUACCAUGCAUACAUUACCACACCACACCUUGUGAGACCCGUGGUGUUGAGAGCGCUGUGAAAUGUCGCUUUGUAGGGCACCACGCCGAAGCGCAGGGCGGAGACAGUGAAUACCAGAUAAGCCAAGCACAUCCAUGCGCAGGUGGACUUUCCGACGCGACUUCCGUUUUCAUCAGUCUGUCUUCAUGUGCCUUCCGUUUUCAUCAGUCUGUCUUCAUGUAGCUGCCGUACCUUCCGUCUUCAUGUACCUUAAACUUUUUCUUAGUACGGUUAUCUGGGUUCUAAGGGCUCUUCGGAGACCAACCUGGAAUUUGACUUUGUUUGACCUUAUUUGACCGGAAGGUCAUGA